UUUUUAGGCUGCACUUGGCCAUGAUUCAUAGUUUUUGACUUGGAGUGAGCGGUCUCUCCUCUCACCAGUCCUGUUCGGUCACUCCGCCUGACUACGUUCAACCAAAGAUCUUUUAUGUUUUGGAAGAUGAAUUACUCCAGCAGAAGUAUAAACCCUUCAUGGGGUCUGAUAACGCGAUCAGCGGCUUAACCUCCUAAUUUUGUCCUGGGAAAAAAAAAAGACAGCAUCUUUUUUGUGUAGUGUGUGGUGAUUAAUAAGAUAAUCAUAAUCUUUGUUGAAGGCAAUUCCUUCUUAGAAAUUGUUUUUUAAAUUAGUUUUUUCUACUGCAGCUAUAUAAAAAGGCUAUUUAAUUAAGUAUUAAAUAUUUAGCAAAUAAAAAAUGUUCUAUUAGGUCAUUAGUCAUGGAUAGUCCUCCAUUUAGUGGAUGUAUGUAUAAUGUAAGGUAUGGCAGUAUUUCCAUAUCACACCCAGAGCAGACUGAGGCCGAGCUUCAGACGGUGUUUGCAGUGCGGGAAACCCGAGGCGGAGUGCAGCUCUUCGCCUUCUCCUCCUCUCUGGCUGAGGACCGGCCCCGGCACCUGGUCACACCUGCCGAGCAACUCCACCGCCUCCACUGUAACUUCCUUGACAGAGAAACAACUCCACAAACUCAGAGGACCCAUCUCGUAGGCCUGCCACGAUUUGUUUGAGUCGUUGGUGCGGCAGAGGAGACCACAGAAUCAGAUUCAAAUUGGCCAAUGAACAGAGAUGGGCUAAAAUGAGUUUUUAUAACAGGAAGAGGCCUCAGUAACAGUUAGACUGACAGUGACAUCGACAGAAGACAGAAACUUGAAUCAGAAAUUUUUGACAAGAAUGUCAGGGCAAAGUGAUUUAAUCCCAGAAUCAGAAAUCUCAGCUGCAGCAACCAGUGGCACUGUGGCUGAGCCCCAAAUAUCAGGAGGCAAAAAUCAACAAGGCCUUGAGAACAAUGGCAUAGAAGAGAAGAAACAGGAAAAUACUGAAGAAGAGUCAGCGCAGGAGGAGGCACCUGGCUCUGCCCUUUUAGAGCCAAGCACUUUGCCAUGGCCAGGAGAUAAAGAGAAGAGGCUGGAGGCCAGUGGCGAUGGAGCAUCGUCAGAAAAAGGAGUUUCAGAGGAAGAUGAGAGGGACAGGGGGACAAGCGGAGGAAGCCAAGACCUGUCGGAGGACCGGAGCCAAGCAGAAAGUGACAGAAAGCAAAAAGCCAAAUGGAGGGAGAGCAUGCCUGAGGGCGAGAGGUGGAGGGAGGACGAAGUAGAGCUGGAACGGGCGGAUAAAGGGGAUGGGUCACUCGCAGAUGACGAAGAGGAGGAGAAAAGGGAAGACAGUCCGGUGAAUUGGAUGCCAGAGAAAGCUGCUCGGGUUUUCACUCCGGAGGUCAAGAUUGUACAUCCAUCCAGCAAAGAGCUUCCAGAGGAGAGCACACUCUACAUUGAGAAGGAGCUGGAGAAGGAGCCGCUGACAGAGCCUGUCCACUACUACCCAGAGUGGACCGAGCAGGACGACAACUACACCUAUGUGUGCGACAACGGGUGCAGUGAGAAAAUCAAACUGGGUCUGGCCACAGCGGCUGCAGCUGUUCUCUUCCCCCUCCUGGUGUGGGGAGGCUAUGCCCUCCUCCCCUUUGAUGCACCGCUGCUUCUGGACGCCCCCCUCAGGCUGGUGUACACACUACGCUGCUCUUUCUUUGCCAUGGUCCCCGUCAUUCUUGGUGUGGUGGUGCAGGGCGUGGCGAGGCUGCGCUACAGUGCACUGAAGCCCCUCAGUCACGGUAAACCCGAGAGCCAGGAGGUUUCUGUCCACUGGCACUACGUCAACGAAUCACUGGCCCUCUUCCUCUUCCACUUCCUGCAACUCGCCGUCAUGUCCACCUACAUCGAGCAGGACCUGCUGAAACUCGUGCCCCUGCUCACCAUCGUGUUCGUUUUCGGCAGGCUGAUCUACUGGGUGUGCCUGUCUCUGGACAGCAGCGUGAGGGCGCUGGGCUUCGGCCUCUCUUUCUUCCCCAUACUGGUCAUGCUGGGAACCAACCUGUACUUCAUCUGCAUGUCACUUGGGGAAGGGGUGGUCUUCAGCGUGGCGCCGCCCACAACCCCUCCUGCUCCCAGGCAGCGCUGGUGGUUCUAAAGGUCGGCGUCCAAACGGGUGAGGAGCUGAGAGAGAGAGAGACACCUGUGUAGCUUUAAGUUCACACACGGUAAAACUCAAAGACAUUUUAUUGUGGUUGUUCUCUGUACCUCUGUUUCUUUGGCCUUUAUCCGAAAGCAGUGAAGGGCAUCGUGCAACAUUUCUGUCUGCACUUGAAACUUAGUCUUAAAAAAACAUGCAGACAUCCUACGUUAUUUACAUGCUAGAAGAGAAAGGAAGACUUAAACAGAUAAACAUGGUGCGUGCUAAAAUGAAAAGGCAGAUGAAGUGUGAGGAAAGCUUCUUUUUCACUUAACAACCUUGAUGGCACUUUGCUUCCAUUACAAGCAUUUAAACUAACAUAGGUCCUUGUCAGAGGGACACCGAGUGCCAGGGAACUCCAAUAUUAACACAUUCAUUGUGUUGCAUUAAAAUCAGAAAGCUGUCAUUUAUAUGGACUUAAUCCAAGCUAACCUGCAGUGACUCUGAAUGUCGGGUACUGAGUAAGUAUUUCAGGGUUGCAUUGUGCAAAACAUUUUUUGUAAUAAAAAUAUUUUAGCAUAAUGAACAGGUAAUAUUGUACAAAGCUUUGAGUUUAAAUUGUUACUAAGCUUAAGCUCUUACAAAUGGAUUUCUGCAGUUUUUAUCAUGUCCUAGAAAUGGUAUUUUGAUAACAUGUUUACAGUGUACACUGUUGAAUUAAUUUACAUUGCAUUAUAUUGAUCAAAGGCUUUUCUUUCUUUCUUUGUCUACAACAGCAUUAAUGGCUGUACUAUUUUUGGACAGUUACUUUUUCUUAUUGAGGAUCUUAUUUGUAUGAAUGAUUACUGAGAGUACAUUUGAUCAAUGUUUGGAGCCUUGGUUGAGUUGAAUAAAGCUAGAUUUCCAAAUCUGACAUUGAGCAGUGUGCAGCGGUUGAUUAAGACCGGGAUUGCUGUGCAUGCAUGUGGGAUUACACACGAGUAUAAGGCAUGAGCUUCCCAAUGUUCCAGGAGGAUGAUGCCCCCUGUGUGUACUGCUAAAUAAACAGAGACGUGCUUUACUGGGAGCACCAGCUAAGGUUUGAUCACUGAUCUAUACGUCAGUAAAGCUGUAAAGGACGUUUUGGAGAGCACAGUGCAAUAUAAAUUUCCAUAUCUUUCAGCUCUCAGAGAACUGGAGGAUUUCCUUCUUGAAGAAAUGUGCAAUGUCUCACUCCAGUGUGGGACUAAGUGGCCUUACUUAUCAUUUGGUGCUUGAUAUUCAUAUAGCUAGCUGCCUCCAGACAUAUGGCUGCUCCGGCUGGAUGUGCAUACCUGAUCAGAGAAUUUCACAUCAUCCACUCCGAUUGGAAAGUGCUGCAGUCAAACUCAGAGCUACAGCUUAUGGCACAACUGCUUUUGGAAACAUUUGGCCCAGCAUAUUCAUUUUUUUCCAUUCUUCGAUCACACGUGCGUACACCGCUGCCACAGAUCAGAGUAUGAUCCACUGCAGUGUGACGCACAGUGGCAUGCCUCAAAUACUUUAAAUGGAAACAAACUGACUUUCUGCAGAAUAUCAAAGGCACAGGCAAAAGCUAGAAAAGCCACAGAUGUCACGUUUGCAUUUAUUGGCUGAUAUGACGCUUUUUGGCUUUGAGAUAUCAUCUAGUUACAGCAAUCAAAGUUGAGAAGUGGUAAGAAAUGUAUGUGAAAGAGCAAGACAGCCGGCUGAAAUUCACACUCGGUAAACACCAUUUUUAUUGCUAUAGUGCUGGAGUAUGCUGUCAUUUCAACAGGACAGACUGAUUGUUAUCUGUUGACCUGCUCACAUGGACAAAUUUGCCUCUUACCUCUCAUGUCAUGGUGGGCAUGUGUGACAAUUAAAAGGAAUGGAUGGUGGGAAAAAAAAGAUGACAAAUUGAGGAAGAGGGCACUCUGGAAUCAUCCGUCCCGCUGGGGUUUUCAAUCUGUUUGGAAAGAUGUUUGGACGUUUCGCUCAUCUCUCUUGUCUGCAGCGUCCCACUGGAGAGGCUCCUGGCAUGUGACUUUAUUUUUAGUAAUUAUAUUAAAAGGCUUUUGCCUUUUCCAAUAAAAUGCCUUUAAACUGUUGUCACUGGAAAAAAACAAAACAUGAUGAUGCCCCUUUGUGCUUUUUUCUGACAGGUUAGAGAAUAAACCACAGAUUCAAAUCCA